AUGCCUACUAUUCGCAUCCUUCUCACCAUUGCCGUCACUCGACAAUGGUCAAUUCUGCAGCUCGAUGUCUCCAACGCUUUUCUCCAUGGUGAUCUUGCCGAAGAAUUCUAUAUGCGGCAACCUCCAGGCUUUGAGGACACCGCCUUUCCCUCAUCCGUCUGCAAACUCAACAAAUCUCUAUACGGUCUCAAGCAAGCUCCCCGGCAAUGGUUUGAGAAAUUAACCGGCAAUGAUCAAGUGGCUAUUCAAAGCCUCCUCACCAAACUCAAGUCGCAAUUCGCCCUUCGUCAGCUCGGACACAUUUCCCUUUUCCUCGGGAUUCAAGUGAUCCGGCGGCCCUCCGGACUGUUCCUAACACAACAACACUAUGCACAAAAACUUCUCGACGACUCGGGUUUCGCGGAUUGCAAACCGACCAGCACGCCUACUUCACCAAAGACGCCCGCUACCGAGGCCAACACUCAGAUGUUCGACAAUCCUUCCCUCUAUCGUCGACUCGCCGGCUCGCUCCAAUAUCUUUCCAUCACUCGUCCCGAUAUCGCCUUCGCCACUAACCAGAUUUGUCAACAUAUGCACAAGCCUACAAUUGCAGAUUUUCAAUCUCUCAAGCGACUCUUGCGGUAUAUUAAAGGCACCAUCAGCUUCGGUUUGCCCAUCACUCCCGGAGACCUGACCAUUCAGACAUUUACGGAUGCGGACUGGGCAUCUGAUGCAUCCGAUCGGAAGUCUAUUUCCGGAUACUGCAUCUUCUUGGGACCGAACUUGAUCUCCUAG